CUGUGGCGGAAAGAUCAAAAUUAUCCUUUAAUUUAAAUACUCAACGAAAAAUUAAUAUACAAAGAUGUUUAUCAUCUUGUGAAGAAUUGGAUUCUAUGCAAACUAUUGUCGUAGCCAAUACAUGGACUGAUAAAAUUGAUUAUGAAUUUACCACCGAUUCUAAGGCUUUUACUUUAGGUGAUAGAAUACCUAUACAUGUGGCCUUAAUGCCUUUACAAAAUAAAUUAUCGAUCGUUCGAUUUAAUUGUAAAUUAAUUGAACAUAUUACUUAUCAAAUCGGAACUCAAGUUAAAGAAGAAAAUCUAAUGAUUCGUCAAUAUCAUGACAUGAAAAUUGAUUUCAAUCAAAUUUGGAAUAAAACUUUUGAAUUCAUUUUACCUAAUACAAUAUCUUCAUGUCGUUAUGAUUCUCAAAAUGAAAUUAUCAAAAUACAACAUAAAUUGAAAUUUAGUGUCAUAUUUAAUAAUGGCGGUAAUAAGAAAGAUAAGAAUAAUUUAGAAAUAAAAGCUACCCUGCCAAUUAUAAUCACUCCAUUUUCUUCUAAUAGUGAUCCUUCUUCUAUACCUGCUCCUCUUGCGGAUUCAUUAUUACCCCCUAUUUAUAAUGACCAAGUUAUAUGA